GGGGGGGCGUCCUGAGAAGUGGUGGAAACUUUUGAAAAGUAGAGCCUAGUAGAAGGGAGUUAGGUGACUGAGGUGUGAACAUGGAGAGCAUAUUGGACAAUGGCCCCUUCCUGCUUCUCUCUUGGCCUCUCAGACUCCAAGGUGAGCAGUUUCCUCCACCACAGGCUCCAAAGCAACAAAGCCAACCAACCAACCAUGGACUGGUUGUGAACCAAAAUUAACCUUUCUUUCUUAUGUGUUUUCUUCAGGUAUUUUAUCGCAGUAACAGAAGUCUGACUAAUAGGAAAUUUCGUAGUCGAUGGCAUGAUAAAGUCAUCAAUUGGCUAAUGGAAGACCUUGGGAUGAGUUUCCUUCCCAUUCAAAGUACUGAGUAAUGCCUAUUCCACAUCACUGGCGUCACUAGGAUUCUGACCCAUCUAAGAACGUAUAGAACACUGAGGGAAUGAAAGUUUUGUAGAGAGAAGGUCAUUAAUAACAAACUAGAAAAAGAAGCAAUACUCAAUUGGGGAAUUUACAUAAAUAAGGCCCUGGAACUCCACACUUUUAGCUUUGGAAUGCUGUGAGCUUAUUCAGACUGUUCUUAUUUGUACUGGGAAAUCUAAUGGCCCUGGUCUGCAUGACCAUGGUCUGCAUGGCCCUGGUCUGCAUGGCUCUGGUCUGCAUAUCCCUGGUCUGCAUGGUUCUGGUCUGCAUGGCCCUGGUCUGCAUGGCCCUGGUCUGAUGACCUUGGUUUGCAUGGUUCUGGUCUGCAUGGCCCUGGUCUGCAUGAUCUUUACCUACAUUGCUGCUAUCACAUAACUGACAAUUGCCCACACAGCAGCUUACACUAACUUUCUAGGUCUAUACACCAGCCAGCCUGACUGUUCUCCUUCAUAGGCCAUAAAUGACUUGCAAGAAACUGUACCAAAACUCACCCUAAUGAAGUAGUGCUUUUCCCGAGUGGAGAUCCUGUGCAUGUCACCCUGUGCUGUAGAUGCUGUUGUGGCUACUGCCUCGUCCACCAUCUUCCCAAAAUGUACUCCCAAGGUUAGAAUGAGCACUCCAGUUUGUCUGAGGGAUGUUUGUUGGAGUUCAGCAUUUUCUUCAUUACUUCUGGACCAAGGAAUUCACUUCACAACCACAGAAGCAAAGAGAAGCAUAGAGAAUGCUGCUUGCUGGCUGGGGCAGGUUCAUACUCAGUUUUCUUAUACAGUUCAUAAUCACCACUUGCCUGGGAUAUGGUGCCACCUACAGAAGGGUGGACCCUCCUACACCAAUGAACAAUCAAGACAAUUCCCAAAGUGCACACACACACACACACACACACACACACACACACACACACACACACACACACACGCCAAUCUGAUGUAGGCAAUCUCUCCAGUGAGACUCUCUUCCCAGAUCAUUUUAGUUUGUGUCAAGGUAACAGUUAGAGCUAUCUAGGAAACUGGGCCCACACUUUAACCCCAGCACUCCAGAGGCAGAGUGGAGGCAGGCCAUCUAGGGCUGCAUAGUGAGAUACUGCCUCAUAAAACGAAAACAAACAAAAAGCCAACAACCACCUCUCAGAACCCUAACCUGUCUAGAACGGUGGUGGGGGUAGGGGGCUCACAAGUCAAGAGCUUUCUCCUUUGUACUUUCUCCCUCCUGCCUACUCUGGCACCCUCCUGGGCUGCUCUGUGUAGCACACUGUGCCUCUUAUGUGCAGGGAUCUGUGAGUAUACACUACUGUCUUGAUGGUGGUCAUUCCCGUAUCUGUAUCUGACCACACUUAAUUCAAACAAUUCUGAGUGAGUUUUUAGAACAAGCAGGGUUGAGUGGUUUUUGACGUGAGGCUGUGGAAGGCUGUGUGUGUUUCCACACACAGGGAAAGCUCUCAUGGGAGGGGGUCCCCAGAAUUUUAGUCCUUUUACAUAUUUUUAGGACCUCCCCAUUGUUGAAGUUACAAAGCCCACCUUCUACCCAAGAGUCCCCAGCACAGACUCUUGCCUCAUCAGCCUUCUUCACAUCCAGUUCAUGGGCACACAGUUAAUCAGAUGCAUUUAUCCUGACCUUUGUGUGAGGAGCCAGCAACACGAAUAACCAGGGAGGGAGGAGAAUUGAUUGUGGCAGCAGCGGCGGCAGCAGCAAUGGCUGAUUUCCAGGGACAGCGGAGAGAGCAGUACCAGCAAUGCCUUGAGUUUGGAUGCCUGGCUCUACAGCCCACCCACCACACAGGCCACGGGGCUGCUCUGAGCUGAAGCAGAGCUGAUGACUCCUGUGUUCCCACCUGACUUCCAAGCAGGCCCACCAGUUUUGCUUGGACUUCACCUGCAGAAGCUCUAGAGCUGGUAGCUUUCCAAGAUAGCCUCUUCAGUGGCACCUGCAUGAAGCCUUCACCGUCUCCUGGAGUUGCAUAGCCCCAGAAACACUGACCACUCUGUUGAACUUGGCCACCCACUCCCAGGAGGCUAGCCCGAGUCUCUCAUCCCAACAGUGCCUCCUGAAACCUCUGGUUUCUGCACCUGUGCACGCAUGAGCUGAAGCAACUGAGCUCCAUUCCGCACCUGUAACUCUGCUUCUGAGGGACCCUCGUCAGCUACCCACAGUCUCCCAGCCGACUGGUUCCCUGCAUGCGCUGAGUGGCCUGUCUUCUUCUAUGACCACAGUUGCAGGGGAGAGACAGAGCCUUGCAGAAGCCAGCUCCUAGGGGUUCAAGGGAGACCAGGACCCUCCGAAGCCAUGACUCCCUCCCAUCCUGCUCUCCAGUCCUGGAUACGUCUCUGUUUCUGGUGUCUCCUUCCAAUGUCAGCAGUGUUGGCCCAGCGAGGCUCGCACACUCAGGCUGAGGACCGCCUGUUCAAACACCUGUUUGGAGGCUACAAUCGCUGGGCACGGCCAGUGCCCAACACUUCAGAUGUGGUCAUCGUGCGCUUUGGACUAUCCAUUGCCCAGCUUAUCGAUGUGGACGAGAAGAAUCAGAUGAUGACCACCAAUGUCUGGCUGAAGCAGGAGUGGAAUGACUACAAACUGCGCUGGGACCCAGCUGAGUUUGGCAACAUCACCUCCCUCCGGGUCCCUUCAGAGAUGAUCUGGAUUCCAGACAUUGUCCUCUACAACAAUUGCCCUGCUGCCGGUUUCCUGGAGGAAGCAGGUAUGCAGGACCCCAGCUUAUCUCCUCUCCCUAGUGCAGACGGGGAGUUUGCUGUGACCCACAUGACCAAGGCCCACGUCUUCUUCACGGGCACUGUGCACUGGGUGCCCCCGGCCAUCUACAAGAGCUCCUGCAGCAUCGACGUGACCUUCUUCCCCUUCGACCAGCAGAACUGUAAGAUGAAGUUUGGCUCCUGGACCUAUGACAAGGCCAAGAUCGACCUGGAGCAGAUGGAGCAGAUGGUGGACCUGAAGGACUACUGGGAAAGCGGCGAGUGGGCCAUUAUCAACGCCACCGGGACCUAUAACAGCAAGAAGUAUGACUGCUGUGUGGAGAUCUACCCCGACGUCACCUACUACUUUGUUAUCCGCCGGCUGCCGCUCUUCUACACCAUCAACCUCAUUAUCCCGUGCCUGCUCAUCUCCUGCCUCACGGUGCUGGUCUUCUACCUGCCCUCCGAGUGCGGAGAGAAGAUCACACUCUGCAUCUCGGUGCUGCUCUCCCUCACCGUCUUCCUGCUCCUCAUCACAGAGAUCAUCCCGUCCACCUCGCUGGUCAUCCCACUCAUCGGCGAGUACCUGCUCUUCACCAUGAUCUUCGUCACCCUCUCCAUCGUCAUCACGGUCUUCGUGCUCAAUGUACACCACCGCUCCCCCAGCACCCACAACAUGCCCGCGUGGGUGAGGGUGGCCCUGCUAGGCCGGGUGCCUCGCUGGCUGAUGAUGAACCGGCCCCUGCCACCUGUGGAGCUCCAUGGCUCUCCAGGUCUGAAGCUCAAUCCUACUUAUCACUGGCUGGAGACCAACACAGAUGCUGAAGAAAGGGAGGAGACAGAGGAAGAGGAGGAGGAUGAAGAUAUAUGUAUGUGUGGAGGCCUCCCAGACCCCUCCGUGGGUGUCCUCUAUGGUCAUGGCAGCCUGCAUCUGAGGGCCCUGGGACCUGAGGCCAAGGCUCCAUCACAGGAUAGCGAGUUCAUGCUGUCACCUCAGAUACAGAAAGCACUAGAAGAUGUACACUACAUUGCUGACCACCUGAGGUCUGAGGAUGCUGACUCUUCGGUGAAGGAAGACUGGAAGUAUGUGGCCAUGGUGGUAGAUCGGAUAUUCCUCUGGCUGUUCGUUAUCGUCUGCUUCCUGGGGACCAUUGGGCUCUUCCUUCCUCCAUUCUUGGCUGGAAUGAUCUGAUUUUAUGUCCUCUAUGUUGGCUCCAAGGUGGCCUUGACAACCAUCUUCUGGUCUUCUCUAACUGGAACCAUCUCUAGGAUGUUCUUUUGGGUCAAUACCAUCUGUCAGCUGUGUUCCUAUGAGGCUCCCAAACUAGUCUGGACUUCAAAUCCUCUUUGGAACAGCUCACAGUGACAUUGUUGUGGCAAGUGCUGAGACCACUCAACACGAUCCCUGUUUAGGGAUGCUGAGGAACUAGAAAGGGUGAAGGCAUUUCCUCUGCAGAAGGUGACGAUAUGAAAGUGACUUGAGGGAGAACAAGAUAUUCCUGAGAGAGCGAUAGGAACUGUAUAUGAACCAACGCAUCGAACAAAGGGAUGGAGGGGUCAGACCAGGGCAAAGAGAAAUGGAACAGCGCCCCAAAGAUGGGGGCGUGGGGACAAAGGGAGCACCUGGUGCGGGAGAGCUCUCAACAGCACUUUGGAUUCAGUGUCAGAGAGGACAACUUGGGAUGGGGAGCCUGGGAAGGCAGGUUGGGGUAUCUUUAAUCCGGACCCAGGACGAAGUUCAGAGUCUUCUCGGAACCUGUCUCUGUGUGUUUUGUGAGGCAAUAUCAGUGGCACAAGGCUAUUUCCAGAAGGAGUGAGGCACAAAAGUUCUCAACCUGAAGGUCUCGAUCCCUUUCACUUAUCAGAUAUUCUGCAUAUCAGGUGUUUAUAUUAUGAUUCCUAACAAUAACAAAAUUACAGUUA